UUCACUAAACUACCAGAAACUUUUGGCUACACAUAAUCUUGUGCUUUUUGCAAUGUAUGAGUGAGUAUAUUAGUAUACGUAUUACCUGCUGGAUUUGGGUAGUGCUCAUAGUGCAAUCGUCGAUUAAAUUCCUGUAAGAGCAACCAUGUAAAGAAUGUUAAAAAAAUGGUAGUACUACCACAUUCACAUCCUCCAUCCAUUUUAAAUACGUUUUUUUAAUCUUCAGCUCCAUUGUACAAACUUUAGACCACUUAGACUGCUCAGAAGAGUCUGCGAGAUUAAGAGCACGAUUUAAGGAGAAAUACAUGUUACACCAUUGUUUACUGUUACAUAAAAUUUUUUUUUUUGUUGGUUUAGUUACUACGGUUGAGGUUGUUGCUUUUAAAAGGCAAAGUAAUUGAUAUUCAAGAACAUAGGUAAAUGUAUAGUUUAGGUCCCCAACGAAGGAGGCCUCAAAAAUGAAUGUUUUGACAGGAUUACAAAUCUGUGAGCGGAAAGGAAAUUUUUUCAAUAAUUUAUGUAUAUAUAUAUAAAAGUAUAUAAAACACACUUUGCACAUAUUUUUCAAGUAUCCAAGUUGUUGUUGUAGGGGCAGAAUUCUGCAGAUUUCAGAUCUCUUAGCUCUAAUUACAAGUUCAACAAAAUAGAUCUGACGGUAUGGACGAAUAGAGGAGAUCGUCGAAUUCCUUUCCUUAUUGGCGGUUGUUGUUGUUGCAGCGGCAGAAUUCUGCCGAGUGGACAGUCUUUAGACGGAAUUAAUCCGGGUCCGUUCCGGUUACGUAGACCCGACUGCCGUGUUGUUGUAACGGUUACCUAGUCCCCGUUUGGGUGAUAAAUUCCAGAUUCGUUGUCGUCGAGGUCAUCUAACGGGGGCCCAGGAAACGAGCUGUUUCGACGGGGUAUUACCAUAGGGAGAAGGGUGUUAGGUGAGUGGGGUUUGUUGGGCAUGCAAAGAGGUGGUUAGUGUCAUGCGGAGACUCAUUGCACGCAGGACAUGUGUUUAGUAUGUCGGGGUCUAUUCUGGAUUAGUAGGAGUUUAACCUGCUACAGUAUCCGGAACGAAGUUGCGCGAGGGGCAACCCUGUUUGGAUCGAAUAAAAUAACAAUAAUAUAAAAAUGGACGACAGAUUUGUGCAGAGUACGUCAAAGCAUUCAAAAGGAAAAGUCCAAGCAACUGCUCGGAAGAAAUUCCAUACAAGCACACCUUACGAAAGACAGCCAUGUAAAAGUAAAACAAAUUGUGGGUAUGAAAAUAUUCCAUCUGAAAACAAUACAGAGGUCCUAUCUCUUUUAAAAAUCAUUAUAAAAAAACAGGAUUCACUUGAAAAGCGGAUCGGGCAAAUAGAGAACAGCGUGUUCAACACUGAAUCCGUAAUAUUGAAAGAUAUUAUCCAAAGGAGCCAAGCUAUGGUUCAAAACAAAAAUACACGUGAGCGCAGGAUAAUGGUAAAAAAGUUCCAUGCAGGUGGUCGUAUGUCUGGAGAAAUAGAAGAUGUCACUGUUGAUGAGAUCGCGUCUAGAUUUCCUCUUGUAACAAUGGAUGCUCUUUUGGAAGUGGAAGAGAAACUAAAUAUGAAACAGUAUAACAAGUCAAUGGUCGCUUAUAUUGAUAAGUUGAAAGAUUUGUGCAACAGCGUCGAUGGAGUACUUCGUCGGAUUUUUACGGACACACUAAUGCAAAGUUUUAAUUGGGAUGGUCGAUGGGGGAAAAAGGCGCUUAAUACUUUAAAAAUAAUUAAUCAAGUUUUGUUUGAGACGUUCCAGGCUGACGGAAAAACUUUUGAGCUGAAUGUAAAAAAAUAUGUGGAACUUUCUCGCAACCGUAUGAAGCAAAAAAUUAGAUUGCAGACUAAAAACAAAAAAAGGCAGGAGUUACUGGGUUAUCCAUAAUGGGAAAAACACGAUAAAGGAAAAAUUCACAGUAAUGUGGAUAAUGUGUCUGUGCAUAAGAAAUAAACAAAGAGGGACGCUAAAAUAUGGUAGUCCUCUCAUAUUUUUUAAAUAAAUGGAUGAAAUUAUUCUCGGCCUGACUUUAGUUAAAAACAAAUGUUAAUUUUAAUUUUUCCUUUGAAUUUUAAUUUUUUUUUAUAUUUUUACUACUUUUAUAAUAUUAUAUUGUUGAUCAUAUAGAAAUUUUUCGGUAAUGCAGUAAGUACUGGUAACACUGCGCAGUUUGCGCUGCUGAUUUUAUCAGUGAUAUAGAGAUGCCCUACUAAUAUCUCAUUGGAAAUAAGAGAGCAAUUGCUAAACGUCAAAACAGAUUGAAAUCCUACCAAAAAAAAAAGGUGUUAACAGAGAGAUUUGUUGCCGUUAUUGAAGAUAAAAUAUUGAAAAACAAUGAAAAUUAAAUAAAUCGCGAAAUGUAAUGAAAUUUUUUUGUAAUGCCAUGCUUAGUAGUAUUAAUUUUCAAUUAAAAAUUUAUUUAGAGCUUAUACAUUUAUUCUUUUGAUUAAGUAUUGAAUAUUAAAAAAUCAGUUGUUUUAAUAUAUCACAAAAUCACAAAAAAGGAUAUAAAUAGUUUCUCCACCUGUUAAACGGUAUACAUAUAUAUAAUAAUUAAUAAUCUUAAUAAAUGUUGGGUGUUUCAAUUUAAAUGCCCAACUAUUUUUAUUUUGACUGAUCUGGCUAGAAUGGAAAAUGUUAUCAAACAUUGUUCAAACAUAAAAAUGUACGAUAUAUUUCUUAUUAAAACUCUCACUGAUAGUUAGAUAACAAACAUUUUCGAUUUAUGUUAGAAAGCUACAAAAAAGAAUGAAUCGUGCAAAUAUGAAAAUUAUUAAUUGCGAAUAGCUUUAAAGUCAAACGAAUUAUUCCAAAAGUGAUAGCUGUAGGGCACUUGACGAAAUCUCUUUCUACUAUAUCCUAUAAAA